CAGCUUUCCAGCUAUGUAUGUGUCAUACCGAUAUCACGAUAUAAUACUAAAUAUAAUGAUAUAAUUAUAUAUAAUUUAUGUAGAAUCAUUUGUUGACAUAAAGCAUGACAGAUCAAGCGGGGUCUGUGGCUGGACCUGGCAGUGUCGGUCCGCCAGGAGCACCACCGGGAACACAGCCUGAAGAGGAGCUUACUAUACCAAGAGCUUCAAUGAACAAAAUGAUUAAGGAAGUUUUACCAGAUGUGAGAGUCGCCCAUGAUGCAAGGGAACUCGUUCUGGCGUGCUGUACAGAAUUUAUCCGUAUGGUGUCAUCAGAGGCCAAUGACAUUUGCAACAAUCUGCAGAAGAAAACAAUAUCACCAGAACACGUGCUGGCAGCUUUGGACAGCUUGGGGUUUGGAGACUAUCGGAUAGAAGCUGAAGCUGUGCUCAAGGACUGUAAACAGGUUGCUAAGCAACGCAGGCGGGGCAGCACACGUUUGGAGAAUUUAGGAAUACCGGAGGCAGAACUCCUGCGGCAACAGCAGGAGCUAUUCGCCCAGGCAAAAGAGGAGCAGGCACAGGUUGACCAACAGGAAUGGAUGAGGAUGCAACAGGAAGCGCAAUUAGCUGCGAUGAUGCAGCAGCAGCAGCAGCAGGUUUUAGGACAGGCCAAUUCUGAUGACCACUAUGGCUGACACAGGCAUACUGCUUAGGACCGUUUAAUAAUAUAAUUUGUACAGAUAGUUUGCAAUUCACUCAGUUAUCUAUUGCGUGAAGCAGUUGUAAUUUUGGUUUGUUUUAGGAGGUGGUAGUAUGGUGCAUGUAGCCACAAGAUUGAAAGGCGAUUGACAGAUGUUUGUUCCCUAGUGAUGUUUGUGGUUAGUUCACAUG